UUUACACAAGAGGGUUACCUUGUCAUUCCAAUUUUGUGGUAAAUGUUUGGGAGUCAAGAUCACUCGACAAGAACCAUCACCGAGUUGAAAGUGACAACUUUUGAAGAAGAAAUGGAUUCUGUUCGUUCUUGGGUGCGGAAUGUCGGAGUUAUUGAUGCAAACAUAGCGGCACAGAGUGGAGUGGCCUUAUCCCGUGCUCACUUUGAAAAACAGCCUCCCUCCAAUCUCAGAAAGUCCAACUUCUUCCAUUUUGUUCUGGCACUCUAUGAUCGCAGUGGGCAGCCUGUGGAAGUGGAGAGGACAGCAUUUGUGGACUUUGUGGAGCAGGACAAGGAGCAGACGGGAGAAAAGACCAACAAUGGAACUCACUACAAACUCCAGCUCCUCUAUAGUAAUGGUGUUCGCACAGAACAAGACCUAUAUGCACGUCUCAUUGAUUCAGUCACUAAACAGCCCAUCUCAUAUGAAGGACAGAACAAGAAUCCAGAAAUGUGUCGUGUUCUGCUAACUCAUGAGGUCAUGUGCAGUCGCUGCUGUGAGAAAAAAAGCUGCGGCAAUCGCAACGAGACACCAUCCGAUCCUGUCAUCAUUGACAGAUUUUUCUUGAAGUUUUUCCUGAAGUGCAAUCAAAAUUGUCUGAAAACCGCAGGGAACCCCCGAGACAUGAGGAGAUUUCAGGUGGUUCUGUCCACGACGGUCAACGUGGAUGGUCCUGUACUAGCCAUUUCUGAUAAUAUGUUUGUGCACAACAACUCCAAACACGGACGUCGCGCUCGCAGAAUGGAUUCAAAUGAGACGAUGGAGACUAGCAUGGAAUACGCUACUCCCUGUAUCAAAGCCAUCAGUCCCAGUGAAGGUUGGACUACAGGCGGGGCUAUGGUAAUUGUGAUUGGGGAAAACUUCUUUGACGGUCUGCAAGUGGUGUUCGGGAGCAUGUUAGUGUGGAGCGAGCUUAUCACUCCUCACGCAAUCCGAGUUCAAACUCCUCCUCGACACAUCCCAGGGGUUGUAGAAGUUACGCUGUCCUACAAAUCUAAGCAGUUCUGUAAAGGAGCUCCAGGGCGCUUCAUUUAUACAGCACUGAACGAGCCAACUAUUGACUACGGCUUCCAGAGACUUCAAAAGCUGAUCCCUCGCCAUCCUGGUGACCCCGACAGAUUGGCAAAGGAAAUGUUACUUAAAAGAGCAGCAGAUGUUGUUGAGUCACUCUAUGGAAAUUCCACCAGCAAUCAGGACAUGUUGCUGAAGCGGGCUGCAGAUAUAGCCGAGGCUCUUUACAGCGUGCCUCGACCUCACAGUCAGCUGCAGGCCAUGCCGAGUUCCCCUGUCCAUGGCAGUGUCAUGGGGCUCAACUCUUAUCCCACACAGCUGGGUGUAAGCAUUGGGGAACACGGGCAAACCAGUAGCCAAGGAUACAGUCGCAGUUUGUCUCCACGUGGCUACCCAUCAGCAUCGACCCCUCAGCAGUCAGGUUAUGGGUCUAACGGGGGCAUGAGUUACGGGGCAGUGCCCAUGAGCAGUCUGGGUGUUUCAGGGUCACCUGGCUUUAACAGUGCCUCCCCAAACAGCUCUCCUUAUGCUAUAAUGCCAUCUAGCCCCACUGUACCAGGCUCCAGUUCCUCAUCCUCCCUCUUGCCCUUCUCAUCUUUCCCAUCCUCUACCAAACAAAAAAGUGCCUUUGCUCCAGUCCUGAGACCGCAGGGUUCACCGUCACCCGUUUGCCAAACUUCAGGAGGCUCCAGCUUUAGAGCAAUGACAGGCCUCGUGGUUCCUCCGAUGUAGAGGACGAGUCUCUUCCAGUCCUACGCUUUACAGCCAGUGGCCAGAACUGGACUGACACCAAUGUUGUCUCCUUCAAGCCACACUGAACAACAGCUGUCAUGAAGAAGUAAAGACAACAAGGACAUAUUUAAAACACUUUUGGGAACCUUCUUGAGAGAUAUCCACUCUAUGCACACGCUUUGCCUCUGAUUGUGAAGGGAUGGUGUUACUUAAAGGUUCUUCCAGCCACAAAAUGCCAAAAGAGCUAUAAUUUGAGAACAUGAGACUUGAGACUGUUACACAAUUUUUAGCCGUGUGCUCUCAUCAGACACACCGGUCAAUAGACUUUCACCGCAGUAGAUGCCAGUAUGGGGUGUCAAUUGUGUCAAAACUCAGUCUUUUUUUAAUAUACUGAUAGAUACACAUCCCUAAACUGAAAUUGUGUUUUUAAAAGUAUAUAUAUUUAUCAGGAUUUUCAUUUAGAGAAACAGAAAGUGUUUAUUUAGGUUUAGGUUUAUGAACUGAUUACCUCAUAUAUUGACUUAUUUAAUGACAAAAACUAUAUAAGUUAUAUUUUUUAGGUUAAGUACUAAUAUAAGGAACCAUGAUUGUAUUUGCUAUUAUUUGGUAU